AUGACGACUGCUUCGUUCCUGGCCUUGAGCUUGGGGGCGGCUGAGUUGGCAGCCCGCCCUGCUCUCUGCGCCGAUCCGCCCACUCACGAUUGCUGCAACUCCAGAUUCAGAACCCCAGGCGCUGAUCCCUACGCAAUUGGGUCUGCUGUUUUCUUUUCGGCGAUCGUGGGACGCAACGCGCUGACGCCCUGUUUGUGUGGUUGCAGUCGCGCUAUGCCGCAGGAUGCCCGGGCAUGCUCUAUCAAACUGCUCCAAUAUUGCAAAAUCAAGGCACAGGCGCCCGCCGUCCAUGCAUAG